AUGUCGAGAACACUCUCACGCACGCUUUCUCCACGAAAGAAGCAAGAAACCUCAGAGGUCUCAGAAGACCCUUGGAAAUCAGACGACCCAUUCGGUCCUCCUCAAGUCCACCGCCCUGUCCCAAGUGGGAUCCAACGAAUCCGCGGCACACUCUCUAAGCUCCUACCUUCCUCACUGGCAGAGAAAGAACUCCUCCGCAAGAAGAACCAGUACAAGAGCCCCCUCACACAGCGAAACGUCCAUACUCUACAGACAGAGCAAGAAUGCGACGAGGCAUACAAGCCGAAUCUUCACUCCCCAGAAGUCCAAGUCACCGAAUGGCUGCAGCGAGUUUCUUGA